AUGACGUCGCACAGCGGCAAUUCGGCUGCCUCGCAUAACAGCUCCUCGUCGCAACCCCACGCGUCUCGGUACUACCAUCCCCACCACCUGUCCAACGCCCCUGGCUCGCCUAGUCUAGUCCUGAGGCCCUCGCCUCAGCUGUCCCGGGAGGCUAGCAUCGACUCCGGGAGGCAGACGCCCAUCUCCUCCUUCUUGCAGGAGAAGCUGCAGAGGGAGCGCCAGGCCGAGGGCUACAAGCUGUCCUCCACACCCAGGCCCACCCACGAGUCGAGCGCCUACAGCGACAUUGCCAACAGCACUGGAAGCCGGUCACCGUCCAGGCAUCCGGCCCACGACCCCAGCCGGCCCCAGACCAGCAACAGCACAGAUCCUGCUCAGAAGAAGGGACUUGCCCUCAAGGAUAUGGAACAGGUUAUAUCCGGUCUCCACAAGCAGAAUUUCGAUCUCAAACUCGAACUCUACCACCGCCGCGAGAAGCAGUCCAAGCUGGAGGAGCGCAUCGACUCUCUGGAGUCGGACAAGGCUCAGAUGGAGAGUGUUAACGGCAAGAUCAUGGCCGAGCUGGAGAAGCGCGACAGGGCCGUCGAGGAGGCCGUCGCUAUGAUCGUCACGCUCGAGGCCAAGGUCGAUCAGCUCACCGAGGAGCGCGACAUGGUGCUGCGCGUCGAUGCCCAGCAAUGGUUUGCGUCUGAAAAGAGCCAUACCCCGCCGGCGCUGCUCCAGACCCAGCCCAGCACCCGCGACUUUCCCCACAACGACGACGAUCUCCGGUCGCUCAAUCGCAUGCCUAGCUUCGUAUCCGACAGGAGCGACCGGACCGAGAAUCUACGCAACGUCUACCUCGGCGUCAGGGGCAGCGUCCUCAGCCUGCCGCGCGUGUCCGAGGGUCACCAGGAGUCGGAGGCCAGCAUGGCUAACGGCCUGGCCAGCCCCACCCUCAGCAUGCUGAGCGAGAGCUCCUUCACCAGCGUCUACGGCCAGUCGGCCCACGAGAAGACGGUCCUAUCCAAGAUUGAGCCUCUGGCCCUCGACGACGACGCCGCCGUCGGGCUGGACUCCCACCCCCGAUCUCACGACCGGCUAGGUGCUAGGUCCAGCACCCCCCGGCAGCCUGCGAGGUGCCCGCCUCCGUCUCGGACGAGUACGGGCGGGCAGUUCCAACCCUCGGCAAACAACACCCUGGCCAACUCUCCGCUGCAGAGGGUGGGCAGGCCCACGCCCUCGGUCUCUCCCAGGCGGGAGCCGGCCUCGGCCCCCACGAUCCCUGCCAGGCACAGGAGCUCGUCGGGUGGCGGCAAGACGGCCGCAUCUCCGGCCCGCCGGCAGCAGACGCGGGAGGAGAAGAAGAAGAAGGAGGCCCUGCGCAAGGUCGUGACGGAUGCGGCCGCCGGUGGUGUGAGCCUGAACGAGCCGGCUAUGCCCCCGACGCCGGACACGAUUGCCUCGUCGACGCUGAGGCGGUACAAGGAUUCGGACGACACGCUCGAUGGGAGGAACGACGGCACGGAGGGACCCGGGAUCACAGAGGAGAGGAUGGCCGCCCACAGCCAGCAGCAGCCACCGGCAGUGAAGCGGCCGAGGUCUGCCGACGAGUCGACCGUGUCCCACAGGCGGGGCCGCGGACGCGGCUGGGGCGCCGACGACGGCGAUUCCGACACAGACUCGUUCGAUUCAUCGCUCGACAUCUGGCUGCGAGCCGGGUCCAAGCCGGCGACAGAGGAGAGGGUGUCGCCCGACCUCUUUGGGUUCCCGACGGAUCCGUGCAAGGGAGGCUGGUCCAUGAGCGCCAUGUACGGCCCCAGCAGCACCUACGCCACGGGCGGAGCGAGCAUCCACGCCAACAGCGACCAGCUGCACGACCUGUUCUCGGCCCAGCAGGCUCUGUUCGGCGGCCCCGCGCAGGCUGCGGCACCCGCACGGCAGCAGGAUCAGUCGUCCCGGCAGGAGGAGGAGGGACCGGAACCGGUCCGGACCGGUGACGCCGCCACGCCGAAGCCGGCUAGCAGACCCGGGAACAUCAAGGUUCCGCGUCGCCGCAGCCGUCACGCCCGGAGGAACAGCGACGACGGCCAGGCUCGAGCAGGUAUGAAGACGCCUGUCCCUGCUCAGUUCCCGCGUCCUCCGCCUCAGCAGCCGGACGGCGGCAACGGCAACGGGACGCCUCAGCAGAGGCCCGGCCACUACCCGCCCAUCGCGGGGCACGGCGGUGCGCGCAGCGGGCUCAGCCGGCUCUUCCGUCGUUCGCUGGGCAGCGCGUCACCGGCGCCAGGACAGCCGCCGCCGACCAGCGCAUCCGACAAGGGUCCGCAGUUGGCCGAAACGGAACCUGCCUCGAGCAAGAACGAGCAGCAGCAGCAGCAGCAGCAGCAGCAGGGCCCCGUAGCUCCGGGAUUGGCCAGCCGCAGCGGCGCGCUUGAUGACGAGAGGUCCGGCUCCACGCCGCCUCCGAUCAUGCGAAAUCAUCGUUCCGGACGGGGCCACAGCGCGUCCGUGUCCGAGGUGGAAUCUAAGCAGUCGACGGCGGCGGCAGCGGCGGCGGCAGCGCACGGUGACGAGACGGAUGAAGCAGCAGCGCCCAGUAAGGAUAUGCCAACGCCCGGGUCGCCGCAGGUGCCUCGGGAGGGUGGGCAGCAGCAGGCGGAUAGCGGAACGUCGGCUGCAGGUUCAGCGACGGGGUCUCGGAGGAAGUGGCUCCCACAGUUUGGAAGGACGGCUUCGGCCACUCUGAAGAAUCGCGUCGGCUAG